CUGGAGCAAAUGGUGUAUAUAAAAACAGCCACGAUUCAUUCAACCAUUACAGUUGCAAAAACGCUUACGCCAAUCACUCAAAUCAUCAAAAAUGGCAUUCAAGUUCAUCGCCUUCGCUACUCUCUUGGCUGCUGCCCAAGCUGGCAUCCUCCCAGCAGCCCCUCUUGCCUACGCUGCAGCCCCCGUUGCCUAUGCUGCUCCCUUAGCCAAGACUGUUGUCGCCCCUGUAGCUAAAGCAGUGGUAGCUGACGACUACGACCCUCAUCCACAAUACAACUUCGCCUACGACAUCCAAGACAGUCUUACCGGAGACAGCAAAAACCAACACGAAGUUCGUGACGGAGAUGUUGUCCAAGGUAGCUACUCUUUGGUUGACUCCGACGGCUUCAGACGCACCGUAGACUACACUGCUGACCCAGUCAACGGAUUCAACGCUGUUGUCCACAGAGAACCUCUUGUCCAAAAAGCCAUCGUUGCCAAAGCUGUUGCGCCUGUAGCUUACGCCGCCCCAGUUGCUAAAUUGGCAGCUCCAGUUGCAUAUGCCGCUCCAGUAGCAGCUUCUGUUGCCUACGCUGCUCCAGUAGCCAAAAUUGCUGCUCCCCUCGCCUAUGCCGCCCCUGUAGCUAAAUUUGCCGCACCUGUUGCUCAAUAUUACCACUGAAUAGACAUUUAAAAACCGACUGUGUAUAUAUAGGUAUUUAUUUUUUAAUAAAUUAUGAUAAAAGCA